AUGGUGAAACACUUGUCGCGAGCUGGACAUGAGGUUACAUAUAUAACACCGCGUCCACCGAAAGUUCUACAAAAAGAUGUUCAUAUAAUAGACAUUAGUAGUAUUAUGGAGCGUUAUAAAUCAAAUGAAAUCGUAAAUUUAACAGGGAUAUUAGAUAGACCAAAAAAAGUGGACAAUUUGAUACCUUUAUUCACACAGUUAAUUGAAUUAACGCAAGAAACAGUUGAAAACCCUAAUGUGCAGAGUUUAUUGACAGACAACAGUCAAAAUUUUGACAUAAUUAUUGCUGAGUGGCCAUUCAAUGAAGUAUACGCUGGGUUUUCAGCAAUAUAUAAAUGUCCCCUUAUCUGGUUCUCCACCAUAACACCUCAUUGGAUGAUUUUGCAAUUAGUUGAUGAAGCUCCAGACCCUGCAGUUUACAACGUCAAUUUUGCGUCACAAAAUAUACAACCAUUUACAUUUUUAGAAAGAAUAACAGAAUUAUGUCAAUUCUUAUGGGGGAGAUUUGUACAGAAAAUAUAUCUGUCUAGUUUUGAAAGCGAAACGUAUGAAAAACUUUUUGGUUAUUUCGCUCGCAAUAAAAGUCAAAUCUUACCAUCUUUAGAAGAACUUCGUUACAAUGCAUCAUUGGUUUUAAGUAAUUCCCAUAUAUCUUUGGGCUCAUCGGAAAGACUUCCACAAAAUGUUAUACCUAUUGCAGGUUUUCAUUUAGAUAGCAACAUUGACCCUUUACCAAAAACUUUGAAAACUAUCAUGGACAACGCUCAACACGGAGUCAUAUAUUUUAGCAUGGGAUCAAACUUGGAAAGCAAAUAUAUGCCAGAAAUUUUGAAACAAGAUCUAUUGAACUUAUUUGGUAAAUUAAAACAGACAGUUAUAUGGAAAUUUGAAGAAGAAUUACUGAAUAAACCUGACAACGUCCACUUAUUAAAGUGGGCUCCACAACAUAGCAUCCUAGCACACAAAAAUUGCAUCAUAUUCAUGACUCAUGGUGGUUUGCUAUCGACGACUGAAGCAUUACACUUUGGUGUCCCCUUAAUCGGUAUACCUGGGCGUGCUGAUCAGUUCCCGAAUAUCAACAGGGCUGUUUCUAAAGGCUUUGCUAUCAAAGUCAAUUUAAGUUACACUUUAGCAGCUGAUUUGGAAAUAGCUUUGCAGGAGAUGCUGAAUAAUCCGAGAUAUACAACCAAAGCUAAAGAGCUAUCUAUGAUUUACCAUGACAGACCAGUACCUCCAGCUGACGAAUUAGUCCAUUGGGUAGAACACGUCGCCAAAACCGGUGGAGCUAUACACUUACGCUCUCCCGCUCUAAUGGUGUCAUGGUAUCAGAAAUAUUAUAUAGACUUAGGUCUACUUAUAGUAGCUGUUCUCUAUUGCCUGAAGUGGGUGACUAAAGCAAUUAUCGGACUUGCAAUGAAAAAUAGAAAAGAAAAUAAGAAAAAAAUUCAA